GUAAAACGACAGAAGAAAGUAUAAAAUAAUUAUAAAAAUGAAAAUCGUGGUCAUUAAGAAAUCAUUAAUCAAAACCAUCAAGAAUCUUUGAGUUUUUUUCUUCUUCAAGAACGCGAUGAACGACCGCAAAACCCUACUCCAAAGAGAAAUAGAAGAAGAGAAUCGGGCAAGGAAUCAGAUCACCGUUUCGCCUACAAAGUCUCAAAUCGUAGUCACAAACGCAAACGCAGCUUCAACUGGUCCGUCAGAGGUCGCUUUUAACGUUUGCUGCUUAUGUGUCUAUUGUCCUCUUUGCGUUCUGUGGUGCUGCAUCAAGCAGCCUUGUACAAUCGGAUGGCGAGCCAUCCUAAAGGCUAGAGGCCAGUUAAGCCGCUGCACCAGCUGUGGCAGAAGCUAUAGUAGGAGGGUUAAAGCCGCAGAUUAUUCAUCGUUUUCGGAUAUUGAUUCAGAUGAUGUGAGUUGCAAAGCACAUAAUUGCUCAAAACGAAACGGCCGAUUAUAAGAAUUAUGUUGACUUUCAUAUAUUCACAAACUUUCCUCAUGCUCUCUUUUCUAAUCUGCGACGUAAUCGUCAUUAACGCAGACGCAAACGCUAGAGUUGACUUCUUAAUGAUGAGUUAAUGGAAAGUCUUGCGAUUAAAGUCUAUACUAUUAUGAUAAUAUGGAGUUUAAAAGUUUUGUUGUGAUAUACCAAAUAUGUAUUAGUAUAUAUUAUUACUGUGUGAGGGAUAAACUUAUCUUCAAGGAAUAAAGUUGUGUUUGUUUUGCUCAAAAAAAAGUUGUGUUUGGUUUGCUCAAAAACAAAAACAAAAGUUGUGUUUGAUUAUCACGAGUAAGGAAUAAAGUUAAGAUGUUGUGCCU